UGAAUCAUAACAUGUCAACAGGAACACAUAACAGUCGCUACAUUAUGUAUUAUAAAUCUAGCCGUUAAGUCGUGGCGAUUAUUCACAUGCGGAGCGUGGUGGUAGUGAACUAUUAUAGUUUGCAUCCGCCGUUUAAACGACAGAGAAGAAGGCCACAAAACAAGAAAGGAAGUAAACACACGCAACCAGCACACAAAGUUCAAGAACGCACUAUGAAGAACUGGUAGUACAAGUAAUUGUUAUCUCGUAUGAAUCUUUUAACGAGAAUACUUGUUGGGACGAAAUCUGAUCUACGUCGUUGUUAUGUAAAUGACCGCGCAACAAAAGAGGGAUCGCUUUGUCGCGUUUCUUUGGACAGAAGCCAGCCUGCCCUCAAAAAGGCUGAGAAGGACGCUUUAUCGACUCAACUCCAGUCGAGUUAUAUUUCACACUUCAACUGUUUGUAGGAGCUUGUCGAUUAGUUUGAUAACAUUUGAAACCAAGAGGAAUAGCAUCAAAUUACUACUCGGACUCACCACAGUUGUAUGUUGUUGUUUUUUUUAAACAGCAAUACAUUCCAGUGGUAUGGGACAUACCUCUGGAUACCUGCAUAUUUUGACUCUGUUGGGCUGUCUACUUAUACUGUAUUUGUGUCUACUUUCGAUUGCACCGUCUCAUUUCCGGCAUUGUGAACGGGAGCUGUGCUUCGCGUCCUACUAUGGAGACCACAUGGUGCUGCAGAGGUCUCCGGAGAGAGCGGUUCUAUGGGGUUACGGCCCUGAGGGCGAGCAGGUCACCGUCUAUUUGUCAGGACCGAUAAAACAAGAGAGCUCACCAGUCACUGUGACCAAAGGCAUCUGGCGAGUCACCCUAAACCCCGUUGAGGCUGGCGGUCCCUACAACGUGACUGUAGCCCUUCAGAACACCUCAGCCACGCUGACCGAUGUGCUAUUCGGGGACGUUUGGCUUUGCGGGGGCCAGAGCAACAUGUACUUCAAAACAUCACAGAUUUUCAAUGCAUCAGAGGAACUUGCCCUUGCGGACAAGUACCCUCACGUGAGAACCUUCAUGGUAGCCUUGCGUAUGAGUGAUACUGAGCUGACUGAUCUGAAGGGAGUGGCUCUUCCGUGGUCUGUGACUGAAUCGAGUGGUCUGGCCGAGUUCUCUGCAGUGUGUUGGCUCUUUGGCCGUUACAUGUACGACAACUUAAAGUACCCCAUUGGACUGGUAGAGUCCUGCUGGGGGGGCACUCCUGUUGAAGCGUGGUCAUCUUCAAGUGCUCUUCAGAAAUGUGGACUGAACGGCACACAAAGGUCUAAAACUGCAAACUCAGUCCUGUGGAAUGCGAUGAUCCACCCGCUGCUCAACAUGACCCUUAAAGGGGCCAUCUGGUACCAAGGUGAACAAAAUGUAUACUACCAUCAAGAUAAGUACAGCUGUUCUUUCCCUGCCAUGAUUGAUGAUUGGAGGGAGGCCUUUCACCUGGGCUCAGGUGGGCAGACUGCCUUGGACUUUCCCUUUGGAUUUGUCCAGCUGUCCACCUACAUAAAAGGCUCCACAGAUGACGGCUUUCCAAACAUCCGCUGGCACCAGACAGCUGACAGAGGCUUUGUGCCCAACUCUCGUCUGCAGAGGACCUUCAUGGCUGUGGCAAUGGAUUUACCUGAUGAGACUUCACCGUACGGCACCAUCCACCCCCGUGACAAGCAGGAUGUGGCUUACAGACUGACACUGGGAGCGAGGGCGGUGGCCUACAAUGACACCGUCGUGGCCUUCCUUGGACCUUUCCCAAAACAAAUCUUGUCUACUCCGAUGCAUGUCAACAUCACCUAUGACCAAAUAGUCUCUGUCACACCAUCCGAAGACAUCUUUGAGAUCUGCUGCUCGCAGUCGCAAGCUCAAUGUGGGCCUCAGUCUGUCUGGAUUCCAGCUCCCAUCAAGCAUUGGGGUCCCACCACCAUCCAGAUCGCCGCCCACGUCUGCCCACCCUCUACUGCAGUAGCGGCUGUUCGUUAUGCAUGGAAAGACUGGCCUUGUGACUUUAAAGCUUGUCCGGUCUACAGUGCAAACUCUGUCUUACCUGCGCCCCCUUUUAUUAUCAUCAAACGUUAACAGUCUUUUUGGUUUUAUUUAUUUGUAAUACACACAAUUUCCAUACAUAAUUUUCACAGAUAAGAAUGUUGAUAAGAAUGUUAUGAGAAUGCUGCAUUCAAAGUCAACCUGGAGUAAGUGUAACUGACUUAGAGGCAAAUAAUGUGAAAUUGUUUGGUCCCACAAAACAUUAAAAAUCACAUUUGUUACUUUGAA